AUGAACGGGGACGACCUGUUUGGAGGCUGGGGCGAGCCAGCAUGGGGCAACACAGGAACUGGAGCUGCGACCAAUGCCGCCUCCCUAUCGCUCGGGUUAUGGGGGAACACAGCAGAUGAACUGCGAUGCGGAAUGUGCGGGCACUACUACAACGAUCCCCGCACCCUCGGUUGCGGGCACAGCUACUGCGCCUCCUGCCUGACCCAAAGCGCAGCUGGAGUGGGCGCGGUGGGUUGCCUGGUGUGCGGACGCCAGGAGCGAUUGCCGCCACUGAUGGGCGUCGACGGGCUCCAGAAGAACUACGAUCUGGCCGACCGCGCCGAAGCUGCCGCCCGAUCCGCGCCGCCCGACGAGGCCGAUGACACCUCCGCCGGCGGCGCCUACGAUUUCCAGGACUUCCAGGCCGCCUUGCCCCCGACGAUCCCGCAGCACCAGCCGGCACCUGCGCUCAUGCCGAUGCUCUCGCCUGUGUCUGCCGCACCUACGUCUGCGGCGGCGCCGGCUGCGCGCCCGUCGGGAGCGCCGGCCGCGUUCGAUCCCUUUGGCGACCUGCUCCAGCCCGCUUCAGCGGCGGCAGCGCCGGUGGACUUCUUCGGCGGUGGUGGCGGUGGCUCGAGUCCGUUCGCGUCGUCGACUUCGUUCCUGGCGCCCGUGCCCGCCACCGUGGCCGCGGCCGCACCGGCCAAGCCGGCCACGCCGCAGCACGCCAAGCUCGCCGUGCGCGAGGACCUCACCGAGAGCAUGGACGAAUUCACCAAAUUCCUUCUCACCGAGGCCAAGAGCUCGACGCCGGUGUCGGCCAACCCGUACUUCCCGAACGGAGAUCCGUUCGCCAUGCCGGCGCCGGCGCCGGCCAAGAAGGCGCCGCUGGCCUUUCUCUCAUCGUCGCCGCCGCCUUCAUCGCCCGCCGCCGCCACGUCGGCGCCCACCACCCCGACGGCCCAGAGCAGCUACCGGGUCUCCUCCGUCGUGCCCUCGCGCGUCACGCCCACGUCGUCAUCGUCGUCGUCGGCCACCGCCUCUUCGUCGUCGAUGACCUCCAUGUACCCAUCGUCGUCACCCUAUCACCCGUCGUCGUCCGCGUCGGCCUACCCCAUGCUGUCGUCAUCGCCGCCCUCCGCGUCGUCGGCCGGCCUCUCCUCGUCUCCGCCGCCGGCGACCUCCGCCUCAGACUCAUCGUCGUCGACUGUGUCUGGAUCGACUUCGACGUCGUCUUACCUCUCUUCGAUGUCGCCCGCGAGCUGGUUCUCCAAGAAAGACUCCACCAAGGCCGCGUCGUCAUCCGCGUCGGCUUCGUCCUCGUCGUCGUCAUCAUCGACCUCGUCCGGGGUCCUAUCGUUCUUCACCACCAAGUCGAGCACCGCGCCGGCUGCCACGGCCACCACCGCCGCCGCUGCCGCUCCGGCCGCCGCGGUCGCCCACUCUGCAGCAGCUCCCCCGAGGCCCGCCGCUCCGGCCCAGCAUCACCACCACCACUCGCAGGCGGUGACGGACCACAGCCAGCACCAGGACGCGGGGCGCAUCAAUUUUUCAAACUUUUUGCUGCAGAAGGAGGGCAUCCGGCAGAAGUUCAACGGGUGGCUCGAGUCCCUGUGGUUCAAGCCCGCGGGCUUCUUCGACAACGUGCAGAGCGCCACCAUGCAGUUCGUCUUCGUCCCCUUCUGGAUGUUCGACGUCAAGGUCCAGACCGCCUACCAAGGCAAGGUGUGUCGGGUGGUGAUGACCGGCAGCGACGCGCAGGCCAAGAAGGUGGAGUCGUGGAGCGAGGCCCAGGGCAACCGCUCGGCGCUCUACCCGCACAAGACCGUGUGCGCGUGCCAGUCGGUCCAGGAGCGCAAGCUUGUCCAGCAGUUCACGGCGCCCUGGCAGGUCAACAAGAUCCACUUUGGCGUGGACCGCAACCCGCAGCAGCCGCCGCAGGCCCCCCAGCAGCAGCCGCCGCAGCACCAACAGCCCGCCGAGGAGGGCUGGGCCGUGGGCAAGUUCUUCAAGAAGAUCGCAGAUUCGGUGGAAAAGGCCGCGGCCAUGCCCGCCACUGUCGUCAAGCCCCCGCCUCCGAACCUGCUGCUGCCGGCGCUGCCGUGGGAGGGCGUGUGGAAGGAGUUCGAGGCCGAGCUAGUCAAGCUCGAGACCCAGGAGUGCUCCAACAAGCUCCGCGUCGAAAACGGCGCCGACAAAGUCAAAGACGUGGCGCUCAACUACCAGGUGCAGCUCAACAGGCGGCUGGUCUACUUCCCCGUGUGCCUCACCUCCUAUCAGUACAACGGCAAACUCUACCGGGUGGUGAUCAACGGGCACACGGGCGAGGUGAUCGGCGACCGGCCCUACGGUACCGGCAAGAUCGGCGAGCUGGGCAAGGCCGGCCUCUCGGUCGUCGGCGACUACCUCUUUAAGAGAGGCGGCUCCUCCUCUUCAUGA